AUGGCACGAGCACAGCCUGAAGAGGAGCAUAAAGAUGAAGCAGAUUCUCAUUUCCUCUUCGCGGUUCACUCUUGUUCUGAACCACAGAAUGCUGGUAGUAAAUCCAUCUUUGCUAGUGAAACAGUUGAACGGAGUGCAGGAGCAACAAGAUCCCUCCCCACUUCUUACUCAUACAAGCCAUUCUUUUCUACAAGACCAUACCAGUCCUGGACCACAGCUCCGAUCACAGUGCCCGGGCCAGCCAAGUCAGGCUUCACUUCCUUAUCAAGUUCUUCCUCAAAUACGCCAUCAGCUUCUCCGUUAAAAUCAAUUUGGUCCGUUUCGACUCCUUCUCCAAUCAAAUCCACAUUAGGCGCGUCAACUACAUCUUCAGUUAAAUCCAUUAGUGAUGUGGCAUCUCCAAUUAGAUCCUUUCGGACAAUUUCUUCGCCAAUAAAAACAGUGGUGUCACAAUCUCCAUACCAUAUCCAAGUGUCUUCUGGUACCCUGGGUAGAGCGCCCACAGUCACGGAGGCCUCGCCUUUAAAGGGGCUGCCGUCCAGUUCCAUGUUUUCCUCUCGAACCUCUCCAGUGACUACAGCAGGGUCUCUUUUGGAGAGGUCAUCCAUUACUAUGACACCCCCGGCCUCCCCCAAGUCAAACAUUAAUAUGUAUUCCUCAAGUUUGCCAUUUAAGUCAAUCAUUACAUCAGCAGCGCCGCUAAUAUCUUCGCCUUUAAAGUCAGUGGUGUCUCCAGCUAAAUCAGCAGUUGAUAUCAUUUCAUCGGCGAAAGUUACGAUGGCCUCUUCUCUCUCAUCUCCUGUGAAGCAGAUGCCUGGACAUGCAGAGGUAGCAUUAGUCAAUGGAUCUAUUUCCCCUCUGAAAUAUCCAUCAUCUUCAACUUUAAUUAACGGAUGCAAAGCCACUGCCACGUUACAGGAAAAAAUUUCUACAGCUACAAACUCUGUAAGCGCUGUGGUUAAUGCCGCCACAGAAACAGUUGAGAAAGUGUUUUCUACGACAGCGAUGCCAUUUUCCCCACUCAGGUCAUAUGUUUCUUCAGCACCAUCAGCUUUUCAGUCUCUCAGAACUCCUUCCGCAAGUGCACUCUAUGCAUCCCUUGGGUCGUCAAUAUCUGCAACUACCUCAUCUGUAACUUCAUCGGUAAUAACAGUGCCAGUAUACUCUGUAGUCAAUGUUUUGCCAGAACCAGCAUUAAAGAAACUCCCAGACUCUAAUUCACUUGCAAAAUCAGCAGCAGCCUUGCUGUCCCCCAUUAAAACAUUGACUACGGAGUCACGUCCUCAGCCCCAUUUCAAUCGAACUUCAUCCCCAGUCAAGUCAUCUUUGUUCCUUGCACCCUCUGCCCUUAAGUUGUCUGCACCAUCUUCUUUAUCUUCCAGUCAGGAGAUAUUAAAAGACGUGGCUGAAAUGAAAGAGGACCUCAUGCGGAUGACAGCAAUACUACAAACAGAUGUGCCUGAGGAGAAGCCAUUCCAGCAUGAACUCCCCAAAGAAGGGAGAGUGGAGGACGAAGAACCUUUCAAAAUUGUUGAGAAAGUAAAGGAAGACUUAGUGAAAGUUAGCGAAAUCCUUAAAAAAGAUGUGUGUGUCGAUAAUAAAGGACCACCCAAAUCACCAAAGAGUGACAAAGGACACUCUCCCGAAGACGACUGGAUAGAAUUCAGUUCCGAAGAAAUAAGAGAAGCGAGACAGCAAACUGCUGCGAGCCGUUCUCCCACUCUGCCCGAGCGAGUGCAAGUCAAAGCAAAAGCUGCCUCCGAUAAGGAUUACAGCUUGACCAAGGUGAUUGAUUACCUAGCGAAUGAUAUUGGGAGUAGUUCACUGACAAACUUAAAGUACAAGUUUGAGGAUGCAAAGAAAGAUGGUGAAGAGAGACAGAAAAGAAUUUUAAAACCAGCAAUUGCUUUGCAGGAACACAAACUCAAAAUGCCUCCUGCCUCCAUGAGGCCUUCCACCUCCGAGAAGGAAUUGUGUAAAAUGGCCGAUUCCUUUUUUGGAACAGAUGCUAUUUUAGAGUCUCCAGAUGACUUUUCUCAGCAUGACCAAGAUAAAAGUCCCUUGUCUGACAGUGGCUUUGAAACGAGAAGUGAAAAAACACCUUCAGCCCCACAGAGCGCUGAAAGCACUGGUCCCAAGCCGCUUUUUCACGAAGUCCCCAUCCCUCCUGUCAUCACAGAAACGAGAACCGAAGUGGUUCAUGUUAUCAGGAGCUAUGAGCCCUCGGCCGGAGAGGCUUCCCAGUCCCAACCAGAGGAACCCGCGUCACCCAAACCGUCACCCACGUUUAUGGAAUUAGAACCCAAGCCCAGCACUUCCAGUAUUAAAGAAAAAGUUAAAGCAUUUCAAAUGAAAGCCAGUAGUGAUGAAGAUGACCACAGUCGAGCUUUGAGCAAAGGCAUGCGUGUCAAAGAAGAGACACACAUAACCACUACUACCAGGACGGUUUAUCAUUCUCCACCAGGCAGCGAAGGCGCCUCUGAAAGAAUUGAAGAAACCAUGUCGGUCCAUGACAUCAUGAAGGCCUUUCAGUCCGGGCGGGACCCUUCCAAAGAACUGGCAGGUCUGUUUGAACAUAAGUCGGCAGUGGCCCCAGAUGUUCACAAGUCUGCUGCUGAAACCUCAGCCCAGCACGCAGAGAAGGACAACCAAAUGAAACCCAAACUGGAGCGUAUAAUAGAAGUCCACAUCGAAAAAGGUAACCAAGCUGAGCCUACUGAAGUCAUUAUUAGAGAAACCAAAAAGCAUCCAGAAAAGGAAAUGUAUGUGUAUCAGAAAGACUUAUCCCGGGGAGAUGUUAACCUAAAAGAUUUUCUGCCAGAAAAACACGAUGCUUUUCCUUGUUCAGAGGAACAGGGUCAGCAAGAAGAGGAAGAACUCACUGCAGAAGAGUCCUUGCCUUCUUAUCUGGAGUCUUCCAGAGUAAACACUCCUGUGUCCCAAGAAGAAGAUAGUCGCCCUAGUUCUGCUCAACUCAUAUCUGAUGACUCUUAUAAAACAUUGAAGCUUUUGAGUCAACACUCAAUAGAAUACCAUGACGAUGAGUUGUCAGAACUAAGAGGGGAGUCUUACAGGUUUGCUGAGAAAAUGCUUCUGUCAGAAAAGCUAGAUGUGUCUCAUUCCGAUACUGAGGAAUCGGUGACAGACCAUGCAGGACCCUCUAGCUCAGAGUUACAGGGGUCUGAUAAGCGGUCCAGAGAAAAAGUAGUCACUGCCCCCAAAAAAGAAAUUCUCUCCAAAAUCUAUAAAGAUGUGUCUGAAAAUGGUGUAGGUAAAGUGUCUAAAGAUGAGCAUUUUGAUAAAGUGACAGUGUUGCACUAUUCUGGCGAUGGUAGUAGUCCAAAACAUGCCAUGUGGAUGCGCUUUACUGAGGACAGAUUAGACAGAGGUAGAGAGAAGUUGAUGUAUGAAGAUAGGGUGGACAGGACUGUGAAGGAAGCUGAAGAAAAACUGACUGAAGUGUCACAGUUUUUUCGUGACAAAACCGAAAAGCUCAAUGAUGAACUGCAGUCCCCAGAGAAAAAGGCACGCCCCAGAAAUGGCAAGGAAUACUCUUCUCAAAGCUCUACCAGUAGCAGCCCCGAGAAAGUAACGCUGACAGAACUGUUGGCAUCCAGCGAUGAGUGGGUUAAGGCGAGGCAGCAUGCCCGUGAUGGACAAAGCCUCCCCAGAGCCAGUGAGAGGAAAGCGUCCAGUCUGCCCAGCAGCCCGGAGAAGAAGGUUCUGUCCCAACAGACUGAGGACAGCAAGUCCACGGAGGAAGCCCAAGGAAGCGUGCCACAGAGCAAAGCACCAGAAGGGCCCCAGUCUGGGUUUCAGCUCAAACAAUCUAAACUGAGCUCCAUUAGAUUAAAAUUUGAACAAGGUGCACAGGCCAGAAGUAAGGACGUGACUCAAGAGGACAAGAAGCCAGAUGGCCAAUCCAGAAUCCCAGUUAAAAAAAUGCAGGAGAGCAAGCUACCCGUCUACCAACUUUUUGCUAGAGAAAAACAGCAGAAGGCCAUAGACCUCUCAGAUGAAAGAGUACCUGUCCAAAAAGAUUUUAUGGUAUUAAAAGCUAAAGAUGAGCCCGAGCAAAGCAGUGAAAUUGUUGUAAAUGAUUCUGGCUCUGAUGAUGUGAAAAAACAGAGAACUGAAAUGUCAAGUAAAGCGAUGCCUGACUACUUUUCUGAGCAACAGGCGAAAGACUUGACAUGUCAUGUAACCUCAGAUUUAGCAACUAAGGGACCCUGGGACAAAAAGGUCUUUAGAACGUGGGAAAGUUCUGGAGCCGCUAACAAUAAGUCGCAGAAAGAAAAGCUUUCGCAUGUACUUGUUCAUGAUGUAAGAGAGAAUCACAUUGGUCACCCUGAGAGUAAAAUUGUUGAUCCCAGGAGUGAAUUUGUGUCUGUGACUGAGAGAGAACACAAAUUGUUAACAAAUGGCUCUCUCUCAGAAGUUAAGGAAAUGACUGUAAAAUCUCCCUCCAAAAAGGUCUUGUACAGGGAAUAUGUUGUGAAAGAAGGGGACCGUCCUGGCGGGGCUCUCGAUCAACCUUCCAGGAGAAGUGAGAGCUCGGCGGUGUCGCACAUCCCAGUCAGGAUGGCCGAUGAGCGGAGAAUGCCGUCUUCUCAUGUUCCCGUUGGUUUUUGUGAGCAGUCGCCAUUUCCAAAGCAUGAACUAUCACAAAAGUCACCCCAGUCAAGUCACAAAGAGACAGUGGAGACACAGCACUUUAAUUCUCUAGAAGAUGAAAAAGUUACCUAUUCAGAAAUCAGCAAAGUUUCCAAACAUCAGAGUUAUGUAGGCUUAUGCCCCUCUCUCGAUGAAACUGAAAGCUCCCCCACCAAAUCUCCUGAUUCUCUAGACUUUAGCCCAGGAAAAGAAUCUCCCUCUAGCGAAGUAUUCGACCACAGUCCCAUUGAUGGAUUGGAAAAAGUUGCACCACUAGCCCCGCCAGAGGGAGGGAAAGAGAUAAAAACUUUACCUGUUUAUGUCAGUUUCGUACAGGUGGGGAAGCAGUAUGAAAAGGAGAUACAACAAGGAAGUGUGAAAAAAAUCAUCAGUCAGGAAUGUAAGACAGUACAAGAGACCAGGGGGACCUUUUAUACAACCAGACAGCAAAAGCAGCCUCCUUCUCCCCAAGGUAGUCCGGAAGAUGAUACUCUAGAGCAAGUUUCCUUUCUAGACAGCUCUGGGAAAAGCCCUUUAACCCCAGAAACACCCAGUUCAGAGGAAGUGAGUUAUGAAUUUACGUCUAAGACACCAGACUCACUCAUAGCUUAUAUACCAGGUAAACCCAGCCCAAUUCCCGAGGUUUCUGAGGAAUCGGAGGAGGAGGAGCAGGGCAAGUCGUCCUCCUUAAAGCAGACAACAGUGGAGGAGAUAAUAGGCGCGCACCAAUUGCCUAGCAGUGUGAGCAAAGACUCUAACCAAAGACCCAAAACCAACAGAGUUGCCUAUAUCGAGUUUCCCCCUCCUCCGCCGCUGGAUGCAGACCAGAUGGAGUCGGAGAAGGAUCUUUCUCUGCCUGAAAGAGAGGCUGGCAUGAUUGAAGUCAGUCUGCAAGAUGAGCAGGACAAGUACCAGCUGGCUGAGCCAGUCAUCCGAGUGCAGCCACCCUCCCCAGUUCCUCCUGGGGCAGACGUCAGUGAUUCGAGCGAUGAUGAAUCACUUUAUCAACCAGUUCCAGUUAAAAAAUACACCUUCAAAUUAAAGGAAGCAGACAGUGAUCAAAAAGAAAUGACAAAACCCAAAGCUUCUGCUGAAAAGGCUUCCAACCAGAAAGAAUUAGAAACUAAUGGAUCUGGAAAAGAUCAUGAAUUUGGCCUUGAUUCGCCUCAGAAUGAAACUGCCCAGAAUGGGAACAACGACCAGUCCAUCACAGAGUGUUCCAUUGCUACCACGGCCGAGUUUUCUCAUGAUACAGAUGCCACAGAGAUUGAUUCUCUUGAUGGCUAUGACCUGCAAGAUGAAGAUGAUGGCUUGACGGAGAGUGAUUCCAAACUCCCAAGUCAGACCAUGGAAAUUAAGAAAGACAUCUGGAACACAGAGGGCAUUCUGAAGCCAGCUGAUCGCUCCUUUAGCCAAAGUAAACUUGAAGUCAUCGAGGAGGAGGGCAGGGUGGGACCAGAUGAAGAUAAGCCAUCUUCCAAAAGCUCUUCGUCCGAAAAGACUCCUAAUAAGACUGAUCAGAAGUCAGGGGCCCAGUUUUUCACCCUAGAAGGCAGACAUCCUGACAGAUCAGUGUUUCCUGAUACUUAUUUCAGUUACAAAGUAGAUGAAGAAUUUGCCACUCCUUUUAAAACAGUAGCUACCAAAGGUCUAGAUUUUGACCCUUGGUCUAAUAACCGAGGGGAUGAUGAAGUUUUUGACAGUAAAUCCCGGGAAGAUGAAACUAAGCCAUUUGGUCUGGCUGUGGAAGACCGCUCUCCGGCAACAACCCCUGAUACAACGCCAGCCAGAACGCCAACCGAUGAAAGUACCCCAACUAGUGAGCCUAACCCCUUCCCAUUUCAUGAAGGAAAAAUGUUUGAGAUGACUCGCAGUGGUGCAAUUGACAUGAGCAAGAGGGAUUUUGUUGAAGAGAGGCUCCAAUUUUUCCAGAUUGGUGAGCAUACUUCUGAAGGGAAGUCAGGGGACCAGGGGGAAGGGGAUAAAAGUAUGGUCACUGCCACACCACAGCCACAGUCAGGGGACACCACUGUAGAAACCAAUCUAGAGAGAAAUGUAGAGGCACCUGCGGUCGAACCUAAACCCAGCAUCCCGACCAGCGGAGAGUGUCAGGAAGGCACACCCAGUAGUGCCUCCCUGGAGAAGUCAGCAGCAGCCACUAACACCUUGAAAGUUGACCCCAAGUUGCGCACGCCUAUAAAAAUGGGGAUUUCUGCGUCCACCAUGACCAUGAAGAAAGAAGGCCCUGGAGAAGUCACAGAUAAGAUAGAAGCUGUGAUGACCAGUUGUCAGGGAUUAGAAAAUGAAACUAUAACAGUGGUUUCAAAUUCAGCCGAUAGCCACACGGGUGCUAGGCCCCAAGAAAAACACGAUUUUCAAAAAGAUAACUUUAAUAACAACAACAAUUUGGAUUCUUCCACUAUACAGACAGAUAACAUUACAAGUAACGUAGUUCUGACAGAACACGCCGCACCCACUCGUACCACAGAGAAAGCUAAUCCAGUGAAAAGCUCAUCAGGAAAAAAGACAGGGGUGCCACAGGGACACUGUGUGAGAGAGAAGCAGAAAGUGCUUGGAGAGCAGCAAAAGACACAGGCACCGGUAGGGAUUAGGCGCAAAUCCAAACUUCCCAUAAAGGCCACUUCAGCAAAAGAUACCUUCCCACCAAAUCAUAUGCCAAACAUGAAAGGGAGUAAAAUGAAGCAGGUUAGUCCAUCUGAGAAAACCAAAACCCUUACCUCUUCUUCAUGUCUAGACGUAAAGUCCAGAAUUCCAGUAAAAAACACACACAGGGAUAACACAGCUUCAGUUAGAAAAGCAUGCACCCCACAAAAGCAAGGGCAGCCAGAGAAAGACAAGGCCAAACACCUGCCAUCCAAGUUGCCAGUAAAGGUAAGAUCCACCUGUGUCACCACCUCCAAUGCUACCACCACAGUUCAAGUCAGGAAAAGUCAGCUUAAGGAAGUUUGUAAACAUUCCAUUGAAUAUUUUAAGGGAAUUAGUGGUGAGACCUUAAAGCUUGUGGACCGCCUCUCUGAAGAAGAAAAAAAGAUGCAGUCCGAGGUGUCGGAUGAGGAAGACAGUACCUCAAGAAACACGUCGUUGUCCGAGAGUUCCCGGGGUGGCCAGCCUUCAGUUACAACGAAGUCUGCUAGAGAUAAGAAAACAGAGGCAGCACCUUUAAAAUCAAAGAGUGAAAAGGCCGGCAGUGAGAAAAGGAGCAGUAGGAGGACUGGUGAGAAUGAAGGCAGUCAGGUUUCUCGAGCACUCUUUGCUCACAUCCUGGAGAACGAGCCUAGUUUGUAAACACUUUCCAACUCGUAGACCCUAGUGCAUGAACUGUUGUGAUUGCCUGUGGAGUGACUUAACCGUAGUUUCUCAUUCUGUCAUUGUCAUCUGUAUGUGCUGUUUAUAUAUACUCCUCUUUCUUCCUUCUAACCAAACUACACCAUAGACAGCUAGGGAAGCAUGCUGAAGAUAUUGGUGUCAUUCAUGAUGAGCAAAUUUUUUUUAAUGUGCUAACGGAUAUGAUUCUGUGAAAGUAAAAGCACAGAAGUUGAAACCCCAUCAUGGUGUUUUCACAAA